CGCCAGACUUGUUGGCCACGACAAUCGACAAAGUAUUGGUUUGUUGUUUUUAUUUAAGAAACCCCAUUUUGAAAAAUGAUUUAUUCAUUUUACUGGAGAUACUACUCAUGAAACAUUUUCUAUAACAUUGCUAGUGACUGCCUCGUAGUGUCUGAUCAAGGACAAGUAAUUUUUUUGAACCUGUCUUCCUGGAGAAGUAACCAUUUGGCAAUGCAAUUUGUCAUUAGAAGUUGAAAUCUUCCAGUUGGCGGUCCUACGGUCUAGCGCCCAGGAGGUGGCUAAGACAUCUAUAGUAUCUGCGUCAAAUUGACUGAUCAUUAUGGAUAAACUUACUGUUAUAUCUGGAUUUUUGUUUUUUGCGGCCGAUGUGUUUGCGAUUGCAAGUUUAGCCAACCCAGAGUGGAUCAUUACAGACGAGGCUGGUGAGGUGCGUAUUGGUCUCACAUGGCAAUGUCAAACCAUAUAUGGGCGUGAACCAGUGUGUACAGGGCCUCGUUUAUCACCAGAGUGGAUGACUACAUUAUUUUUCAUAUUACUGGGAGUCAUUUGUCUAACUGUUACUUGGAUACUCCUCAUUGUGUCACAUUGGAAACCAGUAGUUUUGAAAUAUGCAAGAUGGAUAGCAUUUGUUGGAAUGGUGUUAUUUUGCCUUGCUGCGUUAAUAUUCCCGAUAGGAUUCUACAUGGAUGAGAUCGGUGGACAGCCGUAUAAACUGCCAAGCAGUGUUCAAGUUGGAUCUUCUUACGUCCUCUUUAUCAUGUCCAUUUUUUUUACAAUCAUCUCAGAACUGUUUGCAGGAAAAGUUUGUCUUCCAAUGAUCUGACAGUAAAUUGGGUGCCCUUUGCAGUGCCACUUGCAAAGUGACCCCCACCUUUACUGAAUGGCUUUGAUGUUUGCUGCUAACAGUCACUUUGCUGACAUGGAUUGAUUCUUUAUUUAUUUGCUGGCUUCUGAUCGAAAAUGUAUCAUGCUGGGAACAUUUUAGGCUUGUCAGCUCACCAGUUAUUACUUUUUUUUGUACAUUUGUAAAUAUUUUUGUAUUCUAUUUAAAUUAUGCAUGGUGUAUGUACUAACAUCAACAAAUCUAUUCCAUGUUUAUUUGUAUACCAUAGGUUGUCCAUAUACCAUGUAAGUAUUCUGAUCUAGGUGAAAGGCCUUCAUUUGGUGUAAAAAAUAAUUGUCAAUUUAUUUUCAUGUGAUAAAAAUAUAGUUUUAAUUUUGUUGAUAAUGAAAAAUAUAUAACAAGUUUUAUUAUUAAUGACCAUUCGAUUUCUAGGUGACCAUUAUUUUUUAGUUCCACUCAAAUUAACAAUGACAGUAUUUCAAUUUGGUCAUGCUGUUUCACAAUAACUUACUUGCUAUUGAGUUGGUACAAACUUUAUUACUUACUAAUAAUUAUAAUAACGUACUCAAAAAUAUGUUUGUUUGGUUAUACAUUAUGCUUGGUGGUGCCAGCAAUGGCGACCAUGGAACAGAUUUAUCAGUUUUCACAGAGUUGACAGCUUAUUUUCAAAACAUUGUUCAUCCUUUGCAAAUGUUGUGUUCUUAAAGAGGUGUCAGCAACUACAAAAUACAUAAAUUUCACUCCAGAAAGAUUGAAAUAUUCUAAAAAUGACUCCUAAAUGUUUAUUAUAGU